GGGAUGGGGGGGCAUGAUGGGCCUGGGGGGGUCUCUGAGGGCUGGGGAUGUAUGGGGGCAGCGUAUUGGGUGGGGUUUGAAUGCCUGAUAACCAUUUGGGCCCAAUCCUGGGCCCUGUUGUACUUGGCCACUUCUCACCCCAGAAGCAGGUGCAUCUCACCCCCACACUGGACCCUAGGGGGGCAGGACCUGCUCGUAGCUCCACACCUUUCUCCCCUCCCCCAGGACCCCAAGACCCAGGAGGUGCUGGGCUUUGGGGGAGCGGACCCCCACCCCCACCCCGAGGAGAAGCUGCUGACGGUUGUCCACGGUGCCAACCUGGUGUCUCUUGGUUUCCUCAACUUCAUGGCCGUCCAGGAUGACUUGGCUAAGCCCAUCCCGUCCUGUCCCUGCAGCAUCCUGAAGAUGUUUUCAGCCGACAAGAAACGAGUGGAGACGGCCCUGGAGUCCUGUGGCUUUGAAUUUCACAGAGGCCAGUCCAUCAAGCCAGACGAGUUCACCCUGGAGAUGUUCGAGAGGUUCAUUAAUAAGCUUUGUCUGCGCCCCGACAUCGACAAGAUCCUGCUGGAGAUUGGGGCCAAAGGAAAGCCCUACCUGAGCCUGGACCAGCUGCAGGACUUCCUGAACCAGCGCCAGCGCGACCCGCGGCUCAACGAGGUCCUGUUCCCACCCCUGGACCGGGCCCAGGUGCAGCAGCUCAUCCGCAAGUACGAGACCAACCCCCAGUUCCUGCAGCGCGGUGAGNNGUCACUUGAGGGCUUCGGGCGCUUCCUGGGCGGGGACGAGAACGGGAUUGUGGCCCCCGAGAAGCUGGACCUGAGCGAUGACAUGACCCAGCCCCUGAGCAGCUACUUCAUCAACUCCUCCCACAACACCUACCUCACAGCGGGACAGCUGACAGGCGCGUCCUCGGUGGAGAUGUACCGGCAGGUGCUAUUGAGCGGGUGCCGCUGCAUCGAGCUGGACUGCUGGAAGGGGCGCCCGCCCGACGAGGAGCCCUUCAUCACCCACGGCUUCACCAUGACCACUGAGGUCUCCUUCAAGGAGGUGAUCGAGGCCAUCGCGGAGAGCGCCUUCAAGACCUCGCCGUUCCCCGUCAUCCUGUCUUUCGAGAACCACGUCGACUCGGGUAAAACGGUCCUAUCUGUCCAGGCUCUUUGCGGGGUCCCCACAGUAAUGUCCAUCCCCCUGCCCCCACCAGAGAGGAACAAAUCCUACGAGAUGUCGUCCUUUGUGGAGACCAAGGGGCUGGAGCAGCUGCUGAAGAGUCCCAUGGAGUUCGUGGAGUACAACAAGAAGCAGCUGAGCCGCAUCUACCCCAAGGGCACCCGGGUCGACUCGUCCAACUACCUGCCCCAGGUCUUCUGGAACGCCGGCUGCCAAAUGGUCACGCUGGCCUCCCUGCGCGUGGCCGUCUUCGAGGAGGGCGGCCGCUUCGUGGGCCACCGGGUCCUGCCCAUCUCGGCCAUCCGCUCUGGGUAUCACUACAUCUGCCUCCGGAGCGAGAGCAACCAGCCCUUGUGCCUGCCCGCGCUGCUGGUCUACACUGAGGCCACUGACUACAUCCCCGACGACCACCAGGGUAGGCCCCAGCCAGGCUGGCCGCAGGGAGCUCCCCCCACUGGUCCCCCCAGUGUCGCCAGCCCAGGGCAGAGAGAUGACCUCAUUGCCAGUGUCCUAGCAGACGUGUCCCCGCAGUCGGUGGAGGAGCUGCGGCAGCACAAGGGCUACGUGAAGCUGCUGAAGAAGCAGUAUCGGGAGCUCAAGGACCUGCGCAAGAAACACGUGCGCAAGCUGGCGGCGCUGCACAAGAAGCAGAGUGCCCAGACCGCCGGCCCCACUGGGGGAAGCUUCCGCCGCCGGAGCCAGGCCAGCCUCCGUGCCAAUGGGUCUGUGGAGGGGCUGGAGCAGGUUGGGGCCAGGCGGCGCUCGGAGCUGUACGAGGCGCAGGUCCAGGGGCUGCUACGGUUGCGGGAGGCCCAGCACCAAGUCGAGGCAGCACGCAAGAGGGAGCACCUGCUCCAGGCCCAACAGCGCCUACGGGACAUUGCCCUGGAGUGCCAGGCCGCCCAGCUCAAGCGCCUCAAGGAGACCAGUGACAGGGAGAAGAAAGAGCUGCAGCGCAUCCUGGACCGCAAGCGCCACAACAGCAUCAGUGAGGCCCGGAGCCGGGAGCGGGCCCGCAGCCGCGACCAGGGCCGCAAGGAGGGGGACCUGAAUGAGAUCAACCGGCGCCACAUCACUGAGUCGGUGACAUCCAUCCGCCGUGUGCGUCACCCCCACGACACCCCUCGGACUCCAACCCCCCCUCCUGCUGGCGGUGCUGGAAAUGGAGAUGGCGAGGGAAGCCGAGGAUCUGCCAGUGGAGAUCAGGGAUUUCCUGGCAGCUGA